UCUAUAUAAAGUCCUCUGCUCUGUCCUUGUCCCUUCUGUCUUCUACUCCUGCUAACUAACAGUUAGCCAUGGAUACAUUACAGUUUCUAAUUUUACUCUUAUGGAUGUGUGGCUGUAGAGCAGAACAGGCACAGCAUGGACUACAGACAACACAAAGAGAAGAUGCAGGAGUGCUGGCCUCCUGUGACUUUAACCAGGACAGUGACCCGUUCUGUAGGUUCAGCCAGGACACCACAGACAACAGUGACUGGACUCGUCAUAAAGGUCCAACCCCAACACCUGGCACUGGCCCUAGUGGAGACUACCCUGAUGGAAAGGGAUUCUACAUCUACCAUGAGUGUGACAAUGUGCCUAAUGGGCAGACAGCUCGUCUGCUGAGCCCUGCCCUCUCAUCACCGGCCUCUCAGAUCUGUGUCCAAUUUCAGUACUACAUGUACGGCUCAGAUAAUAUGAAUACCUUGAGGGUUCUGGCCAAGAGGCCCAGUGGAGAUGAAGAGGUCUGGAAGAAAACAGGAAUCCAGAGUCCAUCCUGGCUGAAGGGCUCAAUCACUGUGUCCAAACCCAGCAGUCAGAGCAUCACUAUUGUGUUUGAGGCACAGAGAGGCUUCACUGCCUCCUGUGAUACAGCUCUAGACAACAUUGUCAUUACUGAGGGAGCCUGUCCAUCUUGUGUCUCUGGCUGUGAUUUUGACACUCUUGGUGACCUGUGUGGGUGGAUGACUCACAAUGAGGAUCCUGAUGCAUUUGGCUUUGAACAGUGGGUUGGGGCAACAGACACUGAAGGCACUGGACCUGAUGAUGACUUCUCCAAACCUGGAUUGGGUGCCUACAUGUUGAUGGAUUCCUUUGGAGCUGUCCCUGGAGUCAGUUCUCAGAUCAGAAGUCCUCUAUUAACCCCCUCCUCUGGAUGUCUGGACCUCAUCUUCCACUACUACCUGUAUGGCACCAGCACCUCCAUGGAGCUCAGCGUCCACACCAUGACCGCAGGUGGAAGCCUUGGACCUUCUCUUUUCACUCUUAGGGGGAACAAGGGUCAAGGCUGGAAGUCUGCAGAAGUUCGCUACAUUGGAACUGCUGCUGUUAAGUUUGUCAUUGUGGGUACCUACGGCGAAACUUCUCAGACAGAUAUUGCUGUUGAUGCUGCGUGCAUCAUGGCCUGUAAAGCUCAGCCAACAACUCCUCUACCACCAGUAACAACUCCUGGACCAACUACACCUAAACCAACCACACCUAAACCAACAACUCCUGGACCAACCACACCUAAACCAACAACUCCUGGACCAACAACACCUAAACCAACAACUCCUGGACCAACCACACCUAAACCAAUAACACCUAAACCAACAACUCCAGGACCAACAACACCAAAACCAACUCCUGGACUAACAACACAGAAACCAACAACUCCUGGACCAACCACACCAAAGCCAACAACACCUGGACCAACUACACUUAAACCAACAACUCCAGGACUGACUACACCAAAACCAACAACACUUGGACCAACUACACCUGGACCAACUACACCAAAACCAACUACACCUAAACCAACUACACCUAAACCAACAACUCCUGGACCAACAACACCUAAACCAACAACUCCAGGACCAACAACACCACAGCCAACAACAACUCCAGGACCGACUACACCAAAGCCAACAACUCCAGGACAGACUACACCAAAACCAACAACUCCAGGACCGAGUACACCUAAGCCAACAACUCCAGGACCAACUACACCAAAACCAACAACUCCAGGACAGAGUACACCUAAGCCAACAACUCCAGGACCAACAACACCAAAGCCAACAACUCCAGGACCGACUACACCUAAGCCAACAACUCCAGGACAGACUACACCAAAACCAACAACUCCAGGACCGAGUACACCUAAGCCAACAACUCCAGGACCAACUACACCAAAACCAACAACUCCAGGACAGAGUACACCUAAGCCAACAACUCCAGGACCAACUACACCAAAACCAACAACUCCAGGACAGAGUACACCUAAGCCAACAACUCCAGGACCAACUACACCAAAACCAACAACUCCAGGACCAACUACACCAAAACCAACAACUCCAGGACCGACUACACCUAAGCCAACAACUCCAGGACCAACUACACCUAAGCCAACAACUCCAGGACCAAAACCAUGCCCUCCUGGUGCAGAAUAUGUAGACUGUGGUCCAGCUUGUAUCCCAACCUGUAUGGAACCCUCCACCAAUUGCUCUGGGUCCUGUAUCAGUGGCUGCUUCUGCAAACCAGGAUUUGUUUUCAAGGGACGGCGCUGUGUGCCACUGGAGAAAUGUGGCUGUCUGGAUGACCACAAUAACUAUUAUGAGCCUGGAGAGAUUGUAUUUGGAGAUGGCUGCUCAAAACUGUGUCGCUGUGCUGGGAACUACACUUUGGAAUGUGUUGAUAACUCCUGUGACCCCACUGAAGAGUGUCACACAGUUAAUGGUGUUGCAGGCUGUUAUCCUAAAGGUACAUCCACAUGCAUAGCAUCCGGUGACCCCCACUACACCACAUUUGACAAACGCAAGUACAACUUCAUGGGCAACUGCAGCUAUCUGAUGUCUGGACCCUGCAAUGAAACGGUUCUGCCAUACUUUGAGGUCCAUGCUGACAAUGAAAAUCGCUUUAACAGGCCCACUAUCUCCUAUGUGAAGGCUGUACAUGUAUAUGUACAGAUGGUGAAGAUCUCCAUUCUCAAAGGUGGCACUGUGCAGGUCAAUGGGACCAAUGUAAACCUGCCAGUGACUUUGCCUCCUAGUGUUUCUGUGUUCAAGUCAGGAAAGCACUACACUGUGUCUAUGGACUUUGGUGUGACUGUUCGCUAUGAUGGAAACCACUUCAUGGACAUCAAAGUGAUCAAAGACUAUAAGGGUCAGCUGUGUGGACUGUGUGGAGAUUAUGAUGGGGAUGCCAAAGAUGACUUCCGUAAGCCAGAUGGAUCAUUGACUAACAGUGCCAAUGACUUUGGACACAGCUGGAACACUGAUCCAGAGUGUAAUAAGAAACCCAACACCACCAUCCCUGGGUGUGAUGGAGGAGAGCAGGAACUGUAUGAGAGCUCUGGAUACUGUGGCAUCCUGUUGGACAAAAAGGGUCCUUUCGCUGUAUGCCACCCCAGAGUCAACCCCAAUAAUUACUUCAGGGACUGUCUAUUUGACUUGUGUGAGCUGGAUGGAGCCAAGCCUAUUCUGUGUGAAGCCAUUGAAGCCUAUGUAAAUGAAUGCCAGGACCGUGGAGUCAACAUUGGACCCUGGAGGAAUGAAACCUUUUGCCCCUUGAGCUGCCCCCCCAACAGCCACUAUGAGCCCUGUACAGACCCUUGUCAGGAAACCUGCUUUGGGAAACCUCCCUCCUGUGGCGGGCCCUGUUCUGAAGCCUGUGUGUGUGACCCUGGCUACGUCCUGAGUGCCGGCAAGUGCGUCAAGAAGAGUUCAUGCGGCUGCAAACACACCAAUGGCCAAUAUUAUGAGCCUGGAGAAGAGUUUUAUGUCGAGGACUGUAAGCUGAAGUGUAGGUGUGAUGUUCCCUUCGUUACCUGUGUGGCCUCUGAAUGCCCCCCAAUGCAUGAGUGUAAACUCCAGGAUGGAGAGUUGGGCUGCUAUCCCACUGGCUCUCAGGACUGUGUGGUCUCUGGAGAUCCUCAUUACAAUACUUUUGACAAGAAAUUCUACAGUUUCAUGGGAACAUGUACCUACACACUGGCCAGGACCUGCAAGAACAACACAGGUCCUUGGUUUUCAGUGGAGGGGAAGAAUGAGGAGAGAGGAGUGUCGGGUGUGUCCUACCUGAGAAAGCUCUACGUCACUGUGAAUGGAAUCACUGUGACCAUGAUGAAGGCCAGAAGGACGCUGGUGAACGGACGGCGGGUAGCCCUCCCUCACUCCCCCUCUCCUCUCAUGUCUCUCAGUCUUGCUGGUCAGUACAUCACCCUGCAGACACCCUUUGGUCUCAGGGUGCGUUGGGAUGGAAACCAUUACGCCCAGAUCUCAGUUCCCAGCUCCUACUAUGACCAGAUGUGUGGUCUCUGUGGUGACUAUGAUGGGAACCCAAACAAUGACUUCACCAAACCAGAUGGUGCUCUGGUAGGAAAUGUCAAUGACUUCGGGAACAGCUGGCAGACAGAAGAGGAUGAGGAUGAUUCGUGUACCCCAGGCACCAAGCCUGACCCAGACUGUGACCCCAAACUUGAGGCUGAGGUGGUGAAACCAGACAAAUGUGGCAAACUUAAAGACCCUGCUGGACCAUUCCGAGAGUGCAUCAGUGUGGUCAAUCCUACUCCAUUCUUCCAGAGCUGUGUGUAUGACAUGUGUCAGUUCAAUGGCCAGCAACAUGUACUGUGUGACCAGCUCCAGGCCUACACUGAUGCAUGCCAGAGCGCUGGAGCCAAAGUCCACCAGUGGAGGACUCCAGACUUCUGUCCCCUGGCCUGUCCUCCCAACAGCUCCUACUCUCUGUGUGUGAGUUCAUGUCCAGAGACAUGCCUGGGUGUGGUCGGACCGCCCGGCUGCGAGGAUGUGUGUGUGGAGGGUUGUGAGUGUAACCCAGGCUUCAUCCUCAGCAAUGACAAGUGUGUGUCACUGAAAGACUGUGGCUGUGUGGACACCAGUGGAGCCUAUCACCCUGUGGGUGAUGACUGGUACUUGGAGGGCUGUGAACAGAAGUGUGAGUGUCACAGUGGAGGUUUCAUUCAGUGUCACAACACCAGCUGUAAACCAGUUACUGAGAUCUGCCAGCUACAUGAUGGAGAAUAUGACUGCCGCCCUGCAGGAACUGGUAUCUGCACAGUAUCCGGUGACCCUCACUACACCACCUUCGAUAAACGCACCCACCAUUACAUGGGAGCUUGCUCCUAUACCUUGACCAAACCCUGCAACGUUUCUUCUGACUUGCCGUACUUCACCGUGGACACCCAGAAUGAGCACAGAGGAAGUAAUAAGAAGGUUUCCUACGUCAGGGCUGUGGUGAUCAACGUGAAUGGUGUGACUGUCAUCCUCGGCAAAGGCCGCACAGUCCAGGUCAAUGGGACAGUGGUUGUCCCACCUGUCACCUCAAUCAGUGGAGUUAAGAUCUACUUGAGUGGGAAGUUUGUUGUCCUAGAGACCUCCUUCGGUCUUAGGGUGCGUUUUGAUGGGAACCACCACGCUGAUGUCACCGUGCCAAACUCCUACAAUGACGUGCUCUGUGGCUUGUGUGGAAAUUUCAAUGGAAACCCAAAAGAUGACAACUUGAAACCAGACAAUACACCAGCUGCUAACACCAAUGAACUGGGAGACAGCUGGCAAAUUCCUGACCCACGGCCUGACUGCACCAAUGGUGGAGGACAGGAGGACUGUGAUAAAAAAGUAGAGGAGGAGGCCAAGAAGCCCACCAGCUGCGGCAUGAUCACUGAUCCCAAUGGUAUCUUUAAGCCCUGCCAUGCUGUUGUGCCACCCGAGCCAUACUUUGGAAAUUGUGUGUAUGAUAUGUGUGCCACUGGAGGUCAGACCGUGGCUUUGUGCCAAGCCAUAGAGAGCUACGCUGACAUGUGCGCCGCUGCAGGAGUCCCCAUCGUAUGGAGAAACAAUACUUUCUGUCCUCUGAAGUGCCCCCCAGGUAGUCACUACACCCCGUGUGGCCCCGCCUGUCCCCAGCCAAGCUGUCAGGACCCUUCAGGCCCCGGUGGCUCCUGCAACCAGCCCUGUGUGGAGGGAUGCAUCUGUAACCCCGGGCUAGUCCUCAGUGGAGACAAAUGUGUCCCACUCAGUGAGUGCGGAUGUACUGAUGGAGACGGAAAGUACAGACCGAUGGGAGACACCUGGUUCACAGAGAUGGAUUGCUCAGAGCGCUGUAAGUGUAACGGCAACAACAACGUCACCUGCGAGCCGUGGCAGUGUAGCCCUGCACAGGAGUGUAAAGUUGUGGAAGGAGUACUGGACUGCCACUCUACAGGUAAAGGAGUGUGUCACGUGGCUGGAGAUCCUCACUACUACACCUUUGAUGGUGUGAUGCACACAUUCAUGGGCACCUGCACUUACACCCUGGUGGAGGUGUGUAACACCACCAAGGUAACUCCCUUUAAGAUAGUUGCUAAAAACGAGGAGCGUGGUCAGCCAGAGGCCUCCUACGUUCGCUCUGUCAAAGUCUACCUGCCUCAUAAUACUGUGGUUGAACUGCAGAAGAGCCGCAGAGUUCUGCUGAAUGGACGACGAGUGCGAACCCCAGUUUCCAUUGACUUGGCUGGAGCCAAAGUGAUAACCAGUGGAUCCUACAGUCUGCUAGACACAAACUUUGGUCUGCAGGUGAAGUUUGACGGAGUCCAUCAUCUGGAGAUAACUGUUCCCGGAGAAUACUUCAACAAGCUGUGUGGCAUGUGUGGGAACUACAACCACAACUCCUCUGAUGACAACUUGAUGCCCAACAAGAAACCAGCCAAGGAUGUGAUUGAACUGGGCAACAGCUGGAAAUCAGAAGGCGACAGUGAUCCAGGCUGUCAGCCAGACACUCGUCCAGACAUCCACCCCAACUGCACCUCAGAGGAAGAGACGCUGUUCGAGGCUCAGUGCGCCGAGGUCAUCCUCUCUGACCUCUUCAAGCCCUGUCACUCUCUAGUGCCCCCCAAUGCUUUCCUGGGUAACUGCAUCUAUGACAUGUGUGAGUAUGACGGCAUGCAGGCAACUCUCUGCGACAAUGUCGAGGCGUACGCUCAGGCCUGUCAGAGCGCUGGAGUCACCAUCAGCUGGAGGAACAACACCUUUUGUCCCCUUCCCUGCCCUCCCAACAGCCACUAUUCAGACUGUACUGCACCCUGCCCCCCAACCUGCUCUGACCUCUUCCCCGUCGUCUGCCACCUCCCCCCAACCACCUGCGUGGAGGGCUGCCAGUGUGAUGCUGGAUAUGUGCUCAGCGACAGCAAGUGUGUUCCUCUGAACAAAUGUGGCUGUCUGGACUCAGAUGGAGAGUACCACGAUGUUGGAGACUCGUGGCUGACAGAUAAAUGUGCUGACUCGUGUACCUGUAACCUUGGUGGCAAAAUCACAUGUAAGGACCACAGCUGUAAUUCAAACUCAGUGUGUGCCCUGGACAAAUAUGGAGACUUCUACUGCAAACCCACCAAGUUUGACAAGUGCAGCAUUUCUGGGGAUCCUCAUUACAGGACAUUCGACGGUUUCACCCAUCACUUCCAAGGUCCCUACACCUAUGUCCUGACUCAGGGCCACAACCUGUUGGCCUCCCAGUCACCCCUUGUGGUGAGGGGGAAGAACAUCAGACGUGGGGGCAACAGGAGGGUGUCAUUCCUGGAUCAGAUGUACAUUGAUGUUUAUGGCAUCAAUGUUCGUUUCAUGCAGAAGAAGAAAGUGCUGGUGAAUGGGGAGCGUGUUGCACCUCCUCUCAGUCCAGUUGAUGGUUUGACCAUCACAAUGAACUCCAGACAGGUCCAGCUUACCACUGACUUCGGACUCACUGUACGUUUUGACGGCAGCAGUCGCGGAGAGAUUGUACUGCCCAGCACCUAUAAGAACUCUGUCAGAGGGUUAUGUGGAAACUAUGACGGCAUCACCAGAAAUGAGUACAUGAAGCCAGAUGGGACGGUGGUCAGGAACCUGAACGCAUUCGGAGAAAGCUGGAGGGUCAGUGACCGGCAGGCCGACAGUCUGAAGAUCUCCAACCUUCCUCACACAGUCCAUGCCCAUAGACGAGAUGUGGACACUGAUCCAGACUCAGGAUUUGAGACAUCAGACUGCUCUCAGUCUCAGCUCAAUGAUUACAACAGUGCAGCUCAGUGUGGAGCGCUGUCUGAUUCCAAGGGACCUUUUGCCGCCUGCCAUGUCACCCUGCCACCCAAUCCCUACCAGGAUGACUGUGUGUUUGACCUGUGUGCUGAGCGUGGCAGUGCAGCACUGCGCUGUGCCAGUUAUGAAGCGUAUGCUGCAGCCUGUCAGGAGGCUGGAAUCAAACUUGGAAAGUGGAGGCAGCAGCUGGACUGUGUCUUCUCCUGUGAUGCCAACAGCACCUACUCCUCUUGUAUGACACCUUGCCCAGCCUCCUGCGCCAACCUGGCAGCACCCUCUGAGUGUGACACCACUUCCUGCAUGGAGGGGUGCCAGUGUGCCAGCGGUUUCGUCAUGAGCGAGGGAAUCUGUGUGCCGUACUCACAGUGCGGCUGCAUCUUCCUCGAUAGAUAUUACCCUCUGAAGGAGAAGUUUGUGACUGAGGACUGUUCUCAGCUCUGUGAAUGCACCAGCACUGGUGUUGUGUGCCAACCCAAGACCUGCCAGGAUGGUUACGUCUGCGCCAUCUACGACUUCAAACGGGACUGCUACAGAGCGAGCCCCUGCCUCAGUUACCCUUGUCUGAAUGGAGGGACAUGUAAGGAAGUCAGCAACAACAUGUACACCUGUCAGUGUGCAGAGGGCUACGAGGGCACAAACUGUGAGGUGGAGAUAACAUCUCCUCCCAGUGGAGGACUGGAAACAAAGUGGAUAAUCCUGAUUGCUGUUCUGGUCUCAGUCACUGUCAUCAUUAUUGUGACCAUCAUUGUUUGUGUGUGCAAAUCCAAAGCCAAGUCACAAGUUUAUGUAAUUCAGAAGCUGAAAUCAUCUCACAGUGGGAAAAAGAAGUGUGAAGAGAAAAAAAUCAGCAUGAAAUCAACAAGUGUUCCAUAUACAAACAUGAGUGAUGAAAAAAAUGACAAAGUGACCAAAAUGUGAUGGCCUGUUUAGAGUUUACCUGAAUGUAAGAUCUGCUGUACAAGGCAGACAGCCCAGUCUGUUCUGAGGCUUCCUCAGUAGAUCUCCAAAGACAAAUAAAACUUCAUAUGCCCAUGUGUUA